AUGUCUUCCUUGACGAGCGAAUUCGCCGAGGCUGAGACGGGGGUGUUCUGGGACAUUGUUGGUUGCCCAGUCCCUGAUGAACUCUCUGUCGAAUCGGUUUGCGAGAAGAUCAAAUCAGCUCUCGCGGAUGAUGGCUACGGUGGAAAAGUGUCGAUCCAAGCUUACUGCGACACGGAAGAGAGCAAAGCGGCGGUGGUGUCAGCGUUUGAGUCCUCCGGAAUCGACCUCGUAUGCGCAGGAGUUGGACUCUCAAGGCGUCUUAGGAUGCUGCAGGAGCUCGCCAGCUUUGCAGUACACCACGAACCAUCAAAUCUCAUGUUAAUCUCAAAAAACGUGUCAUCAGAUUCGCUCUGCGUGCUUGGCUCUCUGUGA